AUGGAAUGGCAGUUGUUGCCAUUGACAAUUAUGAGACAGUUGGUGUCUUGUUUACAUAGUAAUGUUGAUCGUGUAAUGUUGUCAUUGGUGUAUACAUAUAGGGCAGAUGCCUUUACACUUAAUGCUUACUCAAACAUCAUUGACAAUGAUGUAUCAAAGCACAAAGGUAUAAGUGUACUUGUAUAUAGUCGUGAUGGUGAUGUAAACAUCCCAUUCUUUGAUCGAUCAUUCCAACUUGUCGACUUCAAUAUUGAUCGACUGAGUAUGCAGGUGUUGGAUGUGUCAAACAUAUCUUCGAUCACUUUUAGUGAUUCUUAUGGACAGCCAAUGGGUCUGCAGUUCUGGACGAAUAUGAAGGAUCUUCUGGAAGAGUUGGCCGAGCGAUCAGUCACAAAUAUAUCUUUCCUGAGUUGGUCGACACCAUCAACUUUGAACAAACUACCAAUCACGGCAAUGGUUAUAAGAGGAUUCCUCUCAAUGUCGGCGCAACAAACAAACUUCCCAGACACCCUCACCUCAUUGACAGUCGAGGACACUCUGUUCAACAGCAGCUUGAAUCAUAUACUACCGAUGGGAUUGAAGACCUUGGACCUAUCUGGGGCUCACUCUUGGAAUCAACCUAUCGAACCAGGUGCCUUGCCUACAGGUCUAGUGACCCUAAAGCUUGGAACUGUGUUCGAUCAUCCAAUCGAGCCAGGCACUCUCCCAUCAUCACUCCGGACGCUAUCAUUGCGCUCUGGCUACACCCACCCACUUGAUUGUGGUCGCCUUCCAGACUCUCUGACAAGAUUGGUCCUGACAGUCUUUGAAGGCUCUAUCGAACUACCAAAUAGUGUGACCGAUCUCACUAUGAAGAUGUACUUUACUGGCUCCAAUUGCCAUCAACCUUUGCAACGCUUGAACCUACACACCAUGCCCAGUGGUUUCAACUUCUCGCAGCUGACACACCUGACAAUUGGGAUGAUUGAGAACCAGGACAGUCUUUGGCAGAUCACAUCGUCCACUCUUCCCUGCCUCCAGGAGCUAGAUAUCUUGAGAGUCCGACCAUCCCCCCUUGACUUGUCACGCCUGCCAUCGACCCUCAAGAGAUUGAACAUUGCCAAUUGUCCACCCAUCACCACGGUGGCAUCUGGUGUCGAGGACCUGCAACUCGGGUGCAUCGACACAUUCCAAUUGCGCUUUGGCAUGCUCCCAUCGUCAAUCACAGCUCUCACUCUUUCAAACUACAACUACGAGCUAGUCCGCGACGAUAUACCCGCCUCAGUCACAUCGUUGACACUCGUUGGUUACGUACAUCCACUGCCAAUCUCUGUUUUACCUCAAUCACUUCAUACAUUGGAGUGCAAUGCCAAAUCAUUGAAAGAUGAUACAGGAACAGCUGGACUUGUGGAUAUCCUCCAACAGAUGCCAUCGUCCAUCAAGCAGCUAGUACUCAGUGUAAAGAAUGGCACCAAUCAAGGCAAUCAAACAUACCGACUCACAAGAUUAUCCAGUACAUUGUUAUUCAAACACACCGAUGAUCUUCACCAGAGUGGAUUCAUAUCACUCGACAAACUGGAAGCGCAAAUCCCCAAGCAAUACGGCUUGCACAACAAGCCUCAUCUACCACCCUUAAUCUCCACUCUAUGUAAUGUGGCGUACACCUAG